AAGUCAAUCGCCAUCUUUUGGUCUUUUUGCUGUAUUGAACUAUACAGUCAAGAUGCCUGCCAAAGGUGCCCCCACAAAGCUGCAGCCCAUGCGGCUUCCUCCCCUCCACAAACUACGAGUCCGUCGUCCAAACCAAGCAGAUGCCAACCCAUGCGUGUCAAUCAUGUCUUCCGUCCUGUCAUGUUGGGCUUCCGCAGGUUUUAAUGUCGCCGGAUGCCAGGCCGUGGAGGCGCAGUUGAGGGCAUGUAUGGAUGCGCCGAAACCGAAAACCCAGAAGAAGAAUACCAUCAACUACCACCUGUCUCGCAUGUACCCGAACAUUGUAGGGCCGAGGAAAAGGAAGUGAGCUUGUGGUUAGAAACGAGAUAGAACUGUAUAUUUGGGG